AGUGAGAGAGAAAGAGAGAAAAAUAAAAUUUAUUUAUUAAAAAAAAAAAAAAAAAACAUACUAGGGAUAUUGAAAUUAAGAAUGGAGAGUGUCAAUAAAACUUUUGUUUCCCAGUCAAUUUCGUAAAGGAACUUCAAACUACAGUCCCUUCUUCUCUCCUUCUGCACACAAACACUCCCAAUUUCCGAUGGCUUCAAUUCAAUACUUCUCGUAAACCACCUCCGCCACCGCCACCGCCACCGGCCAUCCCCACAACCACCCAUAUUUCCACUCAAGCCACCCAUUGAAUUUGAAAUUGAUACACACUCCUCCACUCCACAUAUGGGCGAGCAAACCCAGGUCCAGACCCAAACCCAAACCCAAACCCAGCCCCAGACUCCGACUCCGACCCAACCGCCUCACCAUGACUCCAUCGACGACACCACAAUCGCCGAAGUGAGCCCCACACCCACCCAACUCACCAAUGCUCCCUCCCAAACCUCAUCGCCCCCUUCCAAAAUCCCCUUCCGCCCCCGAAAGAUCCGCAAGUUAUCGCCCGACACCUCCGACCCCAAUUCCUCCCAACAAAUCGUCGCCUUACCCGACAACCCCAAACCCCUUCCCGCCGCCGCCAAGUCCGCCAAGUCCAAGGCCGUCCAGCAACGCGCCCUUUCGGCCCCGAAAAUCGCAGCGCGGCCGCUUUCCUGCGAAGGUGAGGUCGAGGCGGCAAUCCGCCAUCUCCGAAACGCCGAUCCGCUCCUUGCUCCGUUGAUCGACCUCCACCAGCGGCCGACCUUUGACACCUUCCAGACCCCCUUCCUUGCCCUAACCCGUAGCAUUCUCUACCAGCAACUCGCAUACAAGGCCGGCAAUUCGAUCUACACGCGCUUCGUCAGCCUGUGCGGCGGCGAGGCCUGUGUCGUCCCCGAGACGGUCCUCGCCCAAACGCCUCAGCAGCUCCGCCAAAUCGGGGUUUCGGGCCGAAAAGCCAGCUACCUCCACGACUUGGCCAGAAAGUACCAGAACGGGAUUCUAUCGGACGCGGCGAUUGUAAAUAUGGACGACAAGUCGCUGUUCACAAUGCUGACGAUGGUCAAUGGGAUCGGCUCUUGGUCUGUGCACAUGUUCAUGAUUUUCUCGCUUCACAGGCCCGACGUGCUUCCGAUCAACGACCUCAGCAUGCGCAAAGGCGUUCAGCUUCUCUACAAUCUUGACGAGUUGCCUCGGCCGUCUCAGAUGGAGCAUUUGUGUGAGAAGUGGCGGCCGUACCGGUCCGUCGCGGCUUGUUAUAUGUGGAGAUUUAGUGAAUCCAAGGGAGCUCCUUCGAGUGCGGCGGCCGUGGCGGCUGGUGCGACUCUACCGCCACAGCAGCAGCAGGAGGAGCAGCAACAACAGCAUCCGCAGCACCCUCAGCAACAGCAGCUUAUGGAUUCACUCAGCAGUCUUAUUAAUAUUGGGAAUGGUGCCUGCAUUCAUGGUGAACUAUCCUUUUCCAUGUCAUGUGAUACAGGGCCUGUACCUGGGGACCUUGAUCGGGAAUGGAAUUGAGAAGUUAGUCCUUCAGUCAUGUUUAUUCGACUUAGCUUGAGCAAGUUCAAGAAUGGUUCAUGUGUGGAAAUCUUGCUGCUAAAAGCUCUGGCAUGCAAGCUUUCAAGGAUGAGACUGUAUUGAACCCUAUUCAGUAAUUAUUAUGCUUUGGGAUUAAAUAAACACUGUCUAUGCAAUGCUCUAGUUUUAUUGUCUUCAAUUUAGAAAACAUCAAUAAGUUGGCGACGAGAUUUCUUAUAGGACUUGAGAGAAUGCAAUGCUUCAAUGCCUUUACCCGUAGAUUGAGCAACCGUAGAGUAGAGGGAAGCCCUUCACCGUUGGAUGUGGUUAGCACUCUUGGUGAGUGUGAUUCUAAUAUUUGAAACCAUAUUUAGCUGAUUUAGAUUGCCCUAGUACCAGACAUUAUGUACAAUUAAAUUUCAAAUCAUAAGCUUAAAGGGGGUUUUGCAGGCUG